CUGAAGAGUCUCAGGAUGGACAGCACGUCUGGGCUAAUAAAUUCAUUGACAUCUCAAGCCCUCCUGGUCAUGGCUACAUCCUCUGAAGGUCCACUUGGAUUAUCUCAACAGCCUCCUCAUUACACUGUUGCGAUGGCCAAACCUCCACAGAUGACUUACCUGAGUCCAGCAUACCCUCUUCUCUACCCACCUCAGGAUCAUAUGAAUUCAGGAUGUCCACCCCAGCUUCUCUCGCUUUCCCACCAAUAUGGACACCCUCGACCAGGGGUCGGAGUUCUAGGCUAUGGUGCGCUGCACCCUUUUGCGGCCUUUCAUCUCCCAGAGAGUAUGGAGAGACUUCAGGCUGGGUUUCUGAAUGCCAAAAGGAUGAAAGGAGACUCAGAACCACCACAGAUCCAUUACCUACCGAUGGAGACCGGCCUGGAAUCUCACAUGUCCCAGGGGCAUGCGGCCCCCCCAACUUCCCACAGGAGCUCCCCAAAAUUGCGAACAAGCUCAAAAAAAGAUAAGAAAACGUCUUUCUCUGGACCGUUGUUUUGUCCAUUGUGUCACAAACACCUACAAAAAGAGGAACUUUCCCACCAUCUUCAGCAUGAAAUGGAGCAUUUCUCUCACAUGUCAGACAGUGAGUCUGACAUUGUUCCGGAGUCAUCUCAGAAUAUUUCUCAGUCUCCGAUGACAGGACGAAACUCGCGUAGCGAGUCACCGCUGAUGACCUCGGAAGAUGGGCAAAAGCUUGACAGGAAACAGGUCUUCCAGCAAGUUCGGUGGAACAGAGAGGAGCGUAUGGGAGCACGAGUGGGAAAAUGUAAGCGUGUCCGAGGAAACACCCAGGAGCCUUUAAGAGCUGUCCACGCCGAUAUCGAGACGUCAGAGGAAAACCGCUGGGAAGACGAUAUGCGCAGUCCAGGGAAACUGUCCUCCCAAGAGACAGAUUGCAGGGGGUCACCUGGGAGCAGCCUUUCAUGUCACAGUGAUGAGUCUGACAGCGACGAGACACCAUCCUCCUCCACCCGAGCAAAUGAAGAGAAUCUGGAAGCUCUGCGAGAGAAAAUUCAAGAACUUACAGAGAAGUUAAGAAAUACGCACACUUGUCACAUAUGUCUGGAUGCCUACACUGUUCCAGUUGCCUCCAUCCAGUGCUGGCACAUUCACUGCGAGGCAUGCUGGCUUAGGGCACUGGGAACAAAGAAGCUGUGCCCUCAGUGUAACACCAUAACAUCUCCGAGUGACCUCCGCCGGGUCUAUCUGUGACCUGCACAUCAUUCCUCUGCAAAGUAUAGCAAGCAAGUUGAACGUGGCUUCCAGCAAUAGACUAUGAUUGAAUUGGGUACUACAAGGGAUUUUAGUAGGCCUCCAGCAAUGGACUAUGAUUGAAUUGGGUACUACAAGGGGUGUUAGUAGGCCUCCAGCAAUGGACUAUGAUUGAAUUGGGUACUACAAGGGAUGUUAGUAGGCCUCCAGCGAUGGACUAUGAUUGAAUUGGGCAAUACAAGGGAUGUUAGUAGUGUGCUCUAGGCUUGUUGUGUCCUACUAGAAUUUUUUGACCUCUACCACACUUGGCAGGAUGACUAAUGGAUAGGCUAUGAUUGGUAAUGAAAUAGAGUCAUGCAACAUAAGUCCUACCCUCUUCCAACUCCUUCGCAGAUGCCACCUUAUACAAUGACAUUCUGGAAUGACAUUCUGGGCCACUUCAAGAUGUGACUUGCGUACUGCUAUCCAAUAACUGGCAACAUUCAACAAGUCAGUUUUUUAAAUAUGUUAACAUUUUUGCUAUAGGAAGAAUUUUCACAUGCUUCGAUCAACAACCAAGAUGCCAAGCAUAGGCCAGCUUACAUUUUCACUUUUUAAAUUGUGUUUUCAUAGUUUCAGACCACCCAAGUCUGAUAUUUCAAUGUUCGGUAGAUACUCUAAAAUUAAAGCCCAACUGCAGGGAAUUUGAAAAUUCACCCAUGCAGCAGGGCUAUGCCCGUACAUCAAGAUUUAGCUGCUCAUGUGGGUCUAGGGGGCAUGAAAAAGUAUUAUUAUAUUAUUAUACAUGAUUUAUAUAGCGCCAACAGUUUACGCAGCGCUUUACAAUGUAUAGGGGGGACAAAACAAUUACAGUACAGUUCAAUACAAAAGGUACAGGAGGGUCCUACUUGUAGAUCUUAGAUUCUAAAGGGAGGGGGUGGUGGUACAAAAGGUAAUAGC